AGAUACCCCUGCCCAAAGAAAUGACUGAGCCUGUGCCAUCAUCCUCAGGAUCCGCCCAGAAGAUAUUGAAAUCACAGAACGCUGAGCUGCUAGCGCAACUACCCUUGCUCGAAGAAAUGACUUUUAUAUCUGGGCCAUUAUCCCCAGUAAUCUCAAAGCGCUUCCUGACUGCUCUGGCCGCCAAGGAGUCGCAGGUACUACAAAAACUUCAUUUCUCAGGGAAGGAAGCAAAGAUCGACACCGUGGCAGCAAAGGAACUGGCCCGCCUAAGGUCUUUGCGUACUCUGAAAUGUCAGUUCGCUGAUCCUCUGGACAUACAGCUGCUGUCUCACCUAACCGAGCUCGAAUAUUUGAGUCUGAUAGCGAAUGAAACGUUCGACAAGAUAUCGCCUGGGCUCCUUACAGUAAUAAAGACCUGCAAAAAGUUAACUAGAAUUAACAUCUACAUCGAACACAAGCAGACAAGUUCCGGCGCUGUCAACACAACAUCGCCUGAUAUAUGCGCAAUUUUGGAGGCCUCUCAAGAUUAUAUUCACAUACAGAUCAACAGCGGAAGCGUAUGGUUCAAUCGGGAAAACAAAGAUUUGAUGAAAAAGACAGAACUUCGCGUAGAAAUGAGUUUAUUUGAAAAUGAAAACUUUGCAAUGGAACCUCUUGCCCGCCUUGAAUCCGUACAGCAUAUGAUAAUCAAAGGACACCAUGAAACUGUCUCAUUAAGAGAAUUCUUCGCCGCUCUAGGAAGGAGAAAUAAUCACGAGCUACAGAGUCUGGAUAUGAACAGCCCGCUCGACUUUGAUGAGACUACAGAGUUGGCAAAAAUUACUUCAUUGACGAGCUUCAAAGGCAAAUUCAGCGAUUCACGAAGCUUCCAGCACUUCCUCCAUUUAAGCGAUUUCAAUGUCAAGCAAAGAGGUAUAAUUUUAAGAAACAUCGAUUUUUACAAGAGCACUGGCUUUUUGUAUAUUCGAAUUUUAAGGGAUGACCAAGGGAACGACACGGACCUAAACCCUCUUGCUAGGCUGCCGAAUUUGCGGCAUGUAUCAAUUGAGGGACCCUUCGAAGAGGGCUCCAUGCAUAGUUUCUUUGGGCAUGUAUCAAUUGAGGGACCCUUCGAAAAGGGCUCCAUGCAUAGUUUCUUUGGGCAGUUGGCCACGUGGCAAGCCGAUACUUUGCAGGAACUGGAUGCGGGCUAUUACGAAAUGAGCAAUAAUGAACUGAGGGAAGUCUGUAGAAUGAGGUCUCUCCGAAAACUGAUUUGCAGGUUAUCCUGUGCAAAAAACUUGGAACAGCUGGCACAACUUCCACAGCUGGCAGAGCUGAUUGUUGUCACCCAUGAAAAGGGCUCCCUUCAGAAUCUUCUUGCAAAGCUGGCCGACAGGGAGUGCCACACACUAGAACACUUGGAUGUAUGGGGCGAAGGUCUGACCCCCGAAGAGGUGAAGGCAGUGUCAGCUAUAAGUUCUUUGAAGCGGCUCCAGUGUGCGUUCUGCUGUACAUAGGGUCUUGAUGUCUUGUCAAAGCGAUCCUGCAUCAAUGAACUGGUCAUAACAACUGGGAAAGAUAAAACAUCUCUGACAGAUUUGCUCACUGCUUUUGGAUCUCUUGGCGAAUCAAAGAUACAGAAUUUGAAAAUCAAAGGUCCGGCAGCCGAUCAAGAACCAGUCAAGGCAUUGGACAUUGUUUCUCAAAUUCCGAAACUAAAGUCCUUGGAGCUCCCAAUCAAAGAUACCCAGGGCAUGGAGGGAUUGGCCGAGUCUUUGCAUCUCGAAACGUUGACAAUAUCCUCUACCCCCGAAAGGGGUACUCUAGAAGGUCUUUUCGGUGCACUUUCAUUGAAGGCUUCGAGCAAAUUAAAGAAUUUGGAUUUAGGGAGAUCUUUCAUUGGCCUUGAAGAGGCUCGCCAUCUUGUGCAGGUUGAUUCAAUCACAAGUCUAGUGUGUGGCUUCAAAGAUGAAGAAAGCCUCUCCGUCUUGGCAAACAUGACUAAUCUUGAGAGCAUAUACAUCACUUCCGAACAUACAUUUGAUACUAUUUCCGGACAUCUCCUUGAAAUCUUCCGUGGAUGUCGAAAACUAGAGUAUAUCAAUUUGGAAAGCACACUCUGCAGCAUGUGCAAAAGCUUCCUUAAAAAUUCCGUGGAUAUACUGAAAUCAGUGAGAGAUCUCUCAGUUCAAGCUCCAUUGAAAAUACGGAUCUCCCCAUCAUCUCGUGCAUCAAUAGACGAGAUGACUGAAAACGAUAAAACGUAUUUGACUGUCACCUCGAAAGUAAUAGACCACACGACUAACCAAUGACGUACUUACAUAUGUACAACAUAAGUAUGGAAUGGACAUGGAAUAAAAGACUCUUCCCAGCUACUCCAUAACACUUCCAAAUCGAAAUCGCUUCACUGAAAUAUACUUUUAGGCUGAUCGGAAAACGUGGAAGAAUCUUAGAGAUACACACCCGAAAAUAUACUCUUGGGCUAAUUGAAGAUCAGAAAGUAUCUGUAUGGUAAUUGUAGAAUUACAAAA